GAGAGAGAGAGAGAGAAAGAGGAGGGGGGGGGGGCGAGCAAGAGAGGGAGAGAGGAAGAGAGGGAGAAAAUAUGAAACAACUCAUUUGCAGAGGAGUAAAUCACGGAAAACCCGUUUGAGAGCUCGACAGGGCUCCCGCGUACGGCGCACCGGAAUUGUGAUGCGCACGAGCCCGUCCUCCUCUACUUCUCCUUCUUGUCCUCCUUCAUCUUCUUUUUCUUCUUCCCCGCUGGAGAUUUUAUGGAGUCGGUGCGAUUGUUGUGAUUGUUGUUGUGGCUGCGGCGGUGGUGGUGGCUGUUGCUGCACUGGCUUGCUGCCGUUACCGUUACUCACGUCGCGACCGGCUCGUCUGUUGUGGCCGUGAGGGGGGAAACACCACAACAGCGGUGACGGACACCGGCGGCAGAACCUGCCUCACUUUCUCCCAGUCUCCCUCCCCUCCGUCUCUCUCUCCCCUUCUGUGUCCCUUUGCCUCGAACCGCGCGACCGAGGCAGAACAAAAAGAAAACAUAGGCGAGAGCCACCGGUCGCUUCCCUCCGAGCUCCACUCUGACUCUGCCCAGCCGAACACAAACUGAAACAACAACAACAACAAACAAAAAACGAGAACAAAGAUGAGCUCAUAUUUCGUCAACUCGCUGUUCUCUAAAUAUAAAAGCGGGGACUCGUUACGCCCGAACUACUACGAGUGCGGUUUCGCGCAGGACCUAGCCGGCAGCCGGCCCACCGUGGUGUACGGCCCGGGCUCCGGGGCCACCUUCCAGCACGCUCCGCAGAUCCAGGACUUCUACCACCAUAGCGCCUCCACGCUGCCCAGCAACCCGUACCAGCAGAGCCCCUGCGCGGUCACAUGCCACGGCGAGCCGGGCAACUUCUACGGAUAUGACGCCCUGCAACGACAGACGCUUUUCGGGGCCCAAGACGCGGAUCUGGUCCAGUACAGCGACUGUAAACUGGGAGGUGCACCGGGGCUCGGCGGCGAGGACGCCGAGGGAACCGAGCAGAGCCCCUCGCCGACGCAGCUCUUUCCCUGGAUGAGGCCGCAAGUAGCUGCGGGACGGAGGCGUGGCCGACAGACCUACAGCCGUUACCAGACCUUGGAGCUGGAGAAGGAGUUCCUCUUCAACCCCUACCUGACCCGGAAACGUCGCAUCGAGGUGUCGCACGCGCUGGCGCUGACGGAGAGGCAGGUCAAGAUCUGGUUUCAGAACCGGAGGAUGAAGUGGAAGAAGGAGAACAACAAGGACAAAUUCCCCAGCAGCAAGAGCGAGCAGGAGGCGGUUGAGCGGGAAAGAAGGGAGAAGGAACUACACGAGGGUGGAGGAGCCAGUGGAGAAAGUGGAGGGGACGAAGGUGGAGGAGGCUCGGUGGCGGUGGCAGGCACGGCGGGACCACAGGCCCCCGUGAUUGAGGAUUGCUGCGAGAAACCCCACAAGCAAAUGUAAGAAGGAAAGCGGUGGAUUGCAUCGGAUGGGGGAGAAGGAUGAGGAGGGGAGAGAGAUGGGGACAAUGAGGUUGUAAAUGUUGGACAGGAAGCG